AUUAAGAGGGGAUUUCAAAUAGUGGGCUGAGCACAACUGAUGGUUCAUAAAAGAGGAUAAAAAACGACGGGCUUACCCCCAAGAUGCCAAUUGACUUAUACUUUAACAGAAAACGCCAUGAUUGACUCGGCAAAUACGACCAAAGACGAUGGAGAUGAGAUUGAGUUAUUUUCCUUGUAUGUCACCAUCCCUCUAGGCGUUCUGUUGGCGGUUUUAGUUGUCCUCGCAGUGUCUGGAAACGCUCUUACCAUCAUAGCAUUUGCAAGGGAUAAAAGUCUGCGGACCGUGUACAACAUGUACUUGGUUAACCUGGCCGUUACCGAUUUCUGCCUCGGCCUCUUCAGCAUGCUUUUCUAUUCAGUUCAAACACUUGCUAGCUAUAACUGGCCAUUUGGCUACCAUUUCUGCAAGGCCUUUCUUGUGGUAGACUUCACGCUUUGUUUAGAAUCCAUCAUUACUAUCGUAAUGAUCAGCUUCGAUCGCCUGCUUCUAUUGAAGCACGGGCCGCAUUACAUCGUGAAAGAGACAACGAAGAAAACGUUAAUCAAAAUUUUCGUUUCUUGGAUACUGUCGUUUUCGCUCUAUUCGCCCGCCAUCAUCGGUUGGGACUUAUGGAUGGGAGAAGAUAUUAACGAACCGGGAGAUUGCGAUGUGCAGUUUGCCUACCAUUUCAUCUUCACUACAGCGACGGCCAUCAUCGAAUUCGUCAUUCCAUUGUUCGCUGUGACUAUCAUUAAUUUUCUGAUAUACCUCCAAAUAAGAAAACGGACGGUCGUUUCUCCACUACCCAACGGAAGGAAUUUUUCAUCAAACCCAAUAACGGAGCAGACGACAAGCGCAGAAGAAAGGGAGAAAACUCGCAAGGAUAUCAAGGCUGCGCGUUUUCUUGCCAUGCUCGUUCUCGUUUUUGCAAUCACCUGGGCACCUUACACAAUUGCAACUAUUAUCAUUUCUUUCUGCGAUAGUUGCAUCGAUACUUACUUCUACGAGUUUUUGGUGUGGUUGCUGUGGGCAAAAUCGGCGAUCAACCCCUUCCUGUAUGCUCUGAACAGUGCGUUGUUUUAUAAAAACUUCAGAAAACUUUUAAGAUGUCGCAAAAAACCUAACAAUGCUAACCAUAUCCCAACUGUUGUAUCUCAUGUUGCCUCGUAAUCAGAGGAGAAUGCUUCUCUCGUAUCAAAGCUAAAAGUGCAGUACGUGGUAGUGCUUAAAAUCUAACCGCUUGUGUUUUAAUCAUGUUGAUAUUAUACACUAAGUCUUUGUACUUGUUAGACUAGUAUCAAUAUAAAUACAAACCAGGCAAAGAGAACAAACAACAUUUCAAUUUACUGUAGGUAGAUUGAACUGGCUUUGGAUUAUACCUAUUUAUUAACUGCAUAAUGAGAGGUGUUUAUUAUAAUUAUUUUUUUUAUUUUUGGGGUUUUU